GUAAAGCAGCGACGCAACCGGAAAUGAAAAGUAAAACAUACACAACAAAGAUGGCGUCUCCCGGAGAUCCUAGUGUGAAUGUUUCACACGUGGAGGAAAAGAAAAAGCCUCCAGUUCGGUACUGGCAGGAGCAAGAAAAGGACGAAGAGAAACAUGACAACAAAAAUGAAGAAGAAACUGAAGAGGCUGUGCAGCAGGAAAACAAACAUACACGGAAAGCAAAGAAAAGGAGGCAAACCGAUGAUGUCACGAAUGAAAAGAAAGUCGUAUCAGGGAAAUCGGAUCCUUUCCCUGGGCCUGCUCCCAUUUCAAAGAACAGGUUGCAAAAAUUCAGUAGGAAAGGUCAAACCCAAAAGCUUCACAGACAGCGUCUGAAGCUGAAAGAGAUGAUCACUCGUUCAGAAGAAGCUUCAGAGAUGGCCCAGAAACAAGCUGCUCGCUUCGACCUCCUGCUCCCUGAGGAAGCUGGAUUUUUAGAAGGGGACGAAGAUGAGGACACGUGUAUGAUAUCCCAGGAGGAUAUUGCAGAUGCUGUAGAUAUAACAGCUGGAACAAAGUAUUUUAAUCUUAAGCUGACUCAGUUUGGACCAUAUCGAGUGGAUUACAGCAGAACAGGACGUCACCUGCUGCUCGGUGGAAGCAGAGGUCACGUAGCUUGUGUCGACUGGCAGACCAAACAGCUCAUGUGUGAAAUUAACGUCAUGGAGUCUGUCAAAGAUGUAAAGUGGCUCCACAGUGAGAACAUGUUUGCUGUGGCUCAGAAGAAGUGGCUGUAUAUUUACGACUCCAAUGGGAUCGAGCUGCACUGCAUUCGCCAGUUCAACGACGUCCUCCGAAUGCAGUUCCUCCCCUACCACUUCCUGCUCGCCACGGCGAGUGCCACCAGCUUCCUGCAGUACUUGGACGUGUCGGUUGGAAAGGAGGUGGCAGCCAUCUGCACCAAGACCGGCCGGCUCGACGUGAUGUGCCAGAACCCUCACAACGCCAUCAUCCACCUCGGCCACCCUAACGGCACGGUCACCCUCUGGUCACCGAACCAGAAAGAACCCCUCGUCAGGAUGCUCUGUCACCAAGGAGGCGUGCGCUCGGUCGCUGUGGACAAGACGGGCACAUACAUGGUAACGUCUGGACUGGAUAAAAAGAUGAAAGUCUUUGACAUCAGAGCCUUUAAACCUCUUAAAUCCUACGUCCUUCCUGCCGGAGCUUCAUGUUUGUCUCUGAGUCAAAGAGGACUCCUGUCUGCAGCCACAGGGGACGUCAUUCAGGUGUACAGGGACGUGUGGAGCACUCCAGUCUCUAAACCCUACAUAGCUCACAGGGUUCUGGGAACAGUGUGGGGACAGCAGUUUUGUCCUUUUGAGGAUGUCCUCGGAGUUGGACACGGAGAUGGCUUUACCAGCAUGCUCAUACCAGGUGCAGGUGAGCCUAACUUUGACGGCCUGGACUCAAAUCCUUACCGCAGUGCCAAGCAGAGGCAGGAGUGGGAGGUCAAAGCCCUGCUGGAGAAGAUUCAGCCAGAGCUCAUCAGCCUGGACCCCACAGCGCUCGGGCAGGUUGACGGUGCUACCUUUGAGCAGAGGCACCAAGACAGGGUUCAGGCUCUGGGCUUUGACCCGCUGGCUAAAGAAAAGUUUGUUCCAAGAUUUAAGAAGAAAGGUCGCAGUUCUGCUGGUAGCAUUGAAAGGCGCAAGAAGCAAGUGGCUAAUGAGGACCAGAGGGAUGUUAUCCGAAAAACUGUGGAGGACAAAAUGAAAAUGGAAGAAGAACGGAAGAGGGUGGAGGAGAAGAAGUCAAAACUAUCCGGACAAAAAUCUGCUCUGGACAGAUUCAGAAAGUAGAUGAGGAGUCUUUGUGUUGCUCAGAACGCAGUGACAUUCUGUGGGAUGGACCUUUGACCUUCAUAUAAAAGACACACUUUAUCUGAACGUGGUAAUGUGCUGUAGCAGCAGACAUUCUGGGUGUAGUGGGAACAGCAGUCCUACAUUCUGGGUGUAGUGGGAACAGCAGUCCUGGAUUCAGACGGGAAACAGUUCAUUAAAUCAAUAUUUAAUGCAGCAGUUGGUCUAUUGUAGGGCACGACUGCCGCCUGAAGCACAUCCUCUACAUGUUAACAUGAUGAGCUGGAGGGAUAUCAUCCAAAGUUUGUGUUAAAUAUGUUUUUUGUACAAAUAAACAGAAUUUCUGGAAGUA